GAGGUGAUUUAAUUGCUCUUCACAGUUCCUCGUUUCAGGACGUAUGCUGAGUUUUUCUUGGUAAGCCACAACGUGGUUGCAUCAGUUCUGCCAGGGCUGCUCAGAGUUUCAUAAGCUCCUCUAUCAAAGGCAUUGCAGAAAACGGACUUCAGCAAACAGACACACCAAUGGCUGAAAAUGAUGAUUACUUGGAACGUUUUUUUAUGGAUGACAAUUACACAGGAAAUGAAGAUAAUGUAGUACAUGAAGAGGUUUAUUUAUGCAAGAAAAGUGAUGUGAUCCAGUUCGGAGCAACAAUUCUCCCAACCUUCUACUACAUUAUCUUCUUGCUGAGCUUGGUUGGAAAUGGACUGGUGCUGUGCAUCAUCUACAAAUAUGAGAAGCUCAGCACGGUCACCAACAUAUUCUUGCUCAACCUCGUCAUUUCGGACCUCAUCUUUGCCUCCAGCCUCCCUUUCUGGGCAGUCUACCACAAAUCUGAAUGGAUCUUUGGCAGAGGCCUUUGCAAAUUGGUGGGAAGUUGUUAUUCCAUCGGCUUCAACAGCUCCAUCCUUUUCCUCACUCUGAUGACCUUUGACCGGUACCUUGCAGUCGUCCACGCCAUCACAGCCGCCCGGAAAAGGAGGUCGUUGUAUGCGUUCGUGUCGUCCACCGUCGUCUGGGUGCUCAGUAUAUUGGCUAGUAUAAAGGAUGUAGUUUUUCAUGAUGUGAUGAAAAUUGAAAACAGUUUGCUGUGUGAAAUGUCUGGUUACAACCAGAGUUUCCUCACAAAAUGGGAGCUGACUGGUUAUUAUCAGCAGUUUUUCCUUUUCUUCUUGGUGCCUCUGUUCAUCGUCCUGUACUGCUACAUCCACAUAACCAUCAAGAUCUUGUCCACUCGCAUGUCGGAGAAGUGCAGGGCGGUCAAACUCAUCUUUGUCAUCAUCUUCACCUUCUUCAUCUGCUGGACGCCUUACAACGUGGUCAUCCUGUUGAAAGCCAUCAAGACAUCCUUUGGAAACCCCAACGAUUGCUCAAACGUCCUCGACUAUGCGAUGUAUAUAACACGAAACUUUGCCUACCUGUACUGCUGCAUCAGCCCUGUCUUCUACACUUUUUUGGGAAAGAAGUUUCAAAGCCAUUUUCUGAAGCUUUUGUCCAAGCAUAUACCGUGUCUGAAAAUCAAUGCUGCCUUUCUGUCAACGACAAGCAAAACCACAUCAAUCAGGAGCCCGAACACUGACUACUGAGCAUUUACGUGACUGUGGUUUGUAUGCAUGAAAAGUGAUUUGACGAGAAAUUUGUUGUUAGGAGGACACAGUAUUACCGACAUAAAAGAAAGAAAAAAAAAACUAACUGAGCAUAAUUGAGCAUAUGUUCAAUAAUUUUCUAAUUCAGUGCAUGUAAUGAAUAGUGCAUCAAUUUCAUCUCUCUCUCUCUCUCUCUCUCUAUAUAUAUAUAUAUUAGAAUGCAUAUUAAUCAAUAGUUUAUGUCUAAUGUUUUCCAUCAGUUUUACCAAUUUGAGCAAGUGCAUUGAUGAUGUGUUAUAUUGUACUGUCCAUUUGAUGUAUAUAUGUAAAUAUUAAUUACACAUAUCCCUUUGAUUAUAUCAAAACCAGAAAAAAAGAUUAAAGUAAAAUAGAAAAAAAUUGCUUGUGUGAUGAAAGAUUGUGAUUGCAACAUACGUCUAUGCAUUGUGUAACCCUCCGAAUCUAUAGGUUCCUUUUCAACAUAACUUAAAUCUCGCAUAACCUGUGUAAUAUUCUGUUUCGUGUCAAAUAUAUUUUUGUAAAGACUUCUAGAAGUAGGUCGAAUUUUUGUUUUAUUUUUAGAGUUAUUCAUUUCUGAUGUAUUCUGAUUAAAAAAAUUAGUGACAGGAAGCUCUCUGAUAUCAUCUUUCCUCUCCUUUUGAUGCCCUGUUGUUUGCACAGUAUGAAUCUCACACAUUUGAAACUUUAAAUGUCUCUGAAAUGAGUAAACUUCCUGUCUUGUCAACACCUGAAUACAUCCUGUUCAUCAGACCAUUAUGAGUCAUUAGAUCUUUAUUUUCAGCAUUAACUCAUUCUCUGCAUUGUGUUCUUUUGGUUCUGUAAAAUAUCACAUUUUUAUGAGCGACAAUAAAUCAUUCUUAAUAAUU